AUGGCUGCUGAGGAAGUUCGAAGGUCGGUGGAGUUCAGCAAGAAUCUGAGGACGCCCACUGACUUACCGGCAGUUGAACUGUGGUCGGAGGAUCAUUGUGAGUUCAUGGAGCGCGGUAAAGUGCUGACACGAAUCAGGAACAAAGUGUGCUGCUUUUUGGUGCGCCGCUCAACUACUUGGCACUUAUGCUACAUCAUCCGAACGAAUGAUGAUGCGCUCAUCAUUUUUACUUCGCGUCAAAAGGGUCAGCAAUUAUAG